AUGGAAAAUGAUGCAGGAACAUCUCAUGAUGAAGCACUUCAGGCCCUGGAAACGGCUCUCAAGUGGGAAGAGUACAAAUGUAUUGAUUUUAGCUAA